UGAAGUGUCCUCUUUGGUUUGAGAGUAUAUAUGUGUGUAUUUAAACACGUUUUCUAAUUCAGCAGUCAUUCACAUCAUGAUUCUUAGGAACAUUUUUGGCCUCUUGGCGUUAACGGUAUUGUCCACUGUCUCAGGAUACAAGACUCUAGCAGAAAUUGAGAAAUAUUUAUGUAAGUAUGGAUACCUAACAGAGAACUGCAACAACCCUAACCAACCGGCGAGGGCCGAGAGUAGAGAAUACGCAAUAAAAUGGUGGCAAAUGUUCAGCAAUCUGCCGGUGACUGGGAUUAUCGGACCUGCAGACGAGGAACUAAUGGACAGACGGCGCUGUGCUUGUGAGGACGUCAUGGAAAAGGAUGAAGUCAUGAACCCUGACCUUCAACCCCAACAAUUUAAUCUUGGUCCAAAAUGGAGAAAAACAACACUAACGUGGAAAAUGACCAAGUCUUCCAGAAAGCUUGAUCCUGGAAAAACACGGUCCGAGAUCACAAGAGCGCUGAGGCAUUGGUCUGACGUCACACCUCUUCAAUUUUACGAAAUGCCGGAAUCGGGCGAUUCCGACAUCACGAUUUCUUUUGAGAUUCGUAACCAUGGAGAUGGUGCUGGCAACGCCUUUGAUGGUCCAAGUAGAGUACUUGCCCAUGCAUUUUUCCCGUCCAAUGGGCGAGUCCAUUUUGAUGAAGAGGAAUUCUGGGGCUUCGGCGAUGAAGUUGGAGACUCUAAGACCGACUUUUUCACGGUAGCAGUUCACGAGUUUGGCCACACCUUGGGUUUGUUCCAUUCGGACGUUUAUGGUGCUCUCAUGUAUCCGUAUUAUGCAGGGUACAAUGCUAGCUUCCGGCUACACCAGGACGAUGUCAUUGGCAUACAGAGUUUGUACGGUCCUAGCCCUCGAAUUACGCCAACCACUCCAAGACGUCUGACGACAUUCCGUCCUACAACGCCAGCCCCUAGACCCCGCAUCACAUCAACUCCCCGACCCCGUAUCACUCCGGCGCCCACUGUUAGACCUACCCGGAACCCUACCCUGCCGUCCAUUUGUAACGUCAAUCUACGAGCCGUGAUUAGGGAUUUUGAUGGCACGAUGUUUGCAUUUGUGGACUCUCAUAACGUGAUGAGGAUAACCGAAAGGGGGUUAUUGGAUCGCUUCCGGGUCAGUAACCUCUUCCGGCGAGCUCCCUGGAAUACAGAGGCUGCAUACAAUAUCCCCAGUCUCGGUCGGACAUAUUUUAUGAGAGGUCAAAGAAUUUGGGAGUUUGACCGAAUGAGGAAUCGCAUGUCUACCAUACUGGUUCAGGGAGGGCCGAGAUCAAUGCCAGAGAGACCACGGGCUGCGAUAUCCACGUCCGCUUCUGGAAAUGACAUAGAGGUCUUUGGGAGUGGUAUAAUGUGGAGAAUGAAGAUGAAUGGAGAAGUCGUACCCGGAUCUCACCGCUACAUCCAGAAUGUGUAUUAUGGAGUUCCGGAAGAAAUAGACGCUGCCGUUCGGUGGGAUUCUACCACAAUAUAUUUCUUCAAAUACAAUCGGUUCUAUAAAUAUGACACGCGCCGACGAGGCGUGAUUUUGGAGGGAGAUUUUGGCCCUGCAUUUCUUAAAGGUCAAUGUGGCAACGCCCCGAGGUAAAUCCAGAUCAUCUUACCGAUAGAUCUUACUCAGUGAUAAAACCCGGAAACUAAGUGAACAUUUUUUUUUCUAAAACUACUGUUGUAUUGUUUACAUUUUCUGUGUAUUAAUUUAUUAAAUGUUGGUUUAAUGGUUA